AUGUUGGAUACCCAGCAGCUUUCAAAACGGACCAAUCAUGUCUACACACUCACCAGCUUGAGGAAGGAGUCAAUGGGAAUGAGCCACUCAUUCCAGGAAGAUAGGAUCAAGGAGGAGAUGCUCAUCUUCAAUGGACCAAUUACGUUCAGCUACCCAGCAGCUUGGAGAAUGGACCAAUGGGGAGAUGCCAUUCAACUCAAGUGGAUGGGGAUGGGAGAAGCAGCUGCAGGUGUGCCUCAACGUCAUUGGUUGCAUGCAGGGGAGAUGUGUCACAAAGAGAGAGAAAGAGGAGAACGCCCAAGAGAAGAAGGAGGAGAAGAAGAAGAAGAAGAAGAAGAAGGUGGAGAAGAAGAGGAAGAAGAAGAAGGUCGAGAAGAAGAAGAAAAGAUCCAGAGGCGGAUCGAGUUCGGACUAGAGCGGAAUAGGCUAGGAACGAGGUCAGCUGGGUCGUCUAAAAUCUGGAAGGUUAUGCCGUCAGAUCUUGUUUAUACAGGUGCACAGAGAUGCAUCGGUUGUGGGUUUAUAGCAUGGCUAUGCCGCUAUGAUCUAGCAGGGGUAAGUCCAGUUCAGAAUGGGAUAAAGCUCUGGCCUGGUUACUUUGUGUUUCACAGGUGCAGUGCUUUGCCAGGUGAUGACCGCUCUGGAUUACUUUGUGUUUCUCAGGAGUGGUGCUUUACCGGAAUGGAGAAUAUCUGA